UGAGUGUGUGUGUGUGUGUGUGUGUGUGUGUGUGCGCGCGCGUUGAUGAAGGAGUUAGAGCUGGACUGAUACUGGGAAGAGAGAGAGAGAGAGAGAGAGAGAGAGAGAGAGAGAUGGGGAUAUUAAACAUCACACAGCAGACCCCUCUGGUCCAGGCGAUAUUCAGCCGAAAUGUAGAAGAGGUGAAGUUUUUAUUGCACAAUAAAGAAGAUGUUAACGCACUGGACCAAGACCUUCGUUCCCCUCUGCAUGCUGCUGCUUUUUUGGGUGAUGUUCGCAUCAUGGACCUUCUCAUCAAGUCAGGUGCUCAUGUUAACGCUAAGGACCAAGCGGGUCUGACUCCACUGCAUCGUGCCGCAGCUUCCAGGAACGAUAGGGCAGUGGGGAUGCUGCUGACUCGGGGGUCAGAGGUAGAAUCCAGGAGUCGGGUCAGCGGUCAGACGGCGCUGCAUGUGGCCGCCUCGAAUCGAGCGUUGAGGUGCGCUGAAGCUCUUUUGCCGUUGAUGAGCAGCGUUGAUGUAACAGAUCAUAACGGAAGAACGGCUCUGCACCAUGCGGCCUACAGUGGAGACACCGAGAUGGUGACGUUGCUUCUGAACAAAGGCGCAAACCCAAGUGUGAGGGAUAAUAAAGCGCGACAGCCUCUGCACUGGGCCGCUUACCUCGGAUAUUUGGAGAUUGUGAAGCUCUUGCUGUCUUGCAAUGCUGAUGUGACGUGCAGAGAUAAACGUGGGUACUCACCUCUUCAUGUAGCUGCUCUCAGCGGUCACAUCGACGUCGUCAAGCACCUGCUCAGACUUGGUGCUGAGAUGGACGAGACGAACAUGUUUGGGAACACAUCUCUGCACAUGGCGUGUUAUAACGGUCAGGAGGCCGUAGCUAACGAGUUAGUAAACCGCGGAGCUAAUGUUAACCAGGCCAACGCCAGAGGCUUCACUCCGCUUCACCUGGCUGCCGUGUCUACGAACGGAGCUCUGUGUCUUGAGCUGCUCGUCAACAACGGGGCCGACGUCAACAUGCAGACUAAAGAAGGGAAAAGUCCUCUGCACAUGGCCGCGGUUCACGGGCGCUUCACUCGAUCCCAGAUCCUUAUUCAAAACAGUGGGGAUAUAAACUGUGUGGAUAAAUACGGCAAUACUCCUCUUCACAUUGCUGCUAAGCACGGCCAUGAGCUGCUCAUCAGCACGCUGAUGACUAACGGUGCUGAUACUGCCAGACAGGGACUUCAUGGGAUGUUUCCACUGCACUUGGCUGUACUCUACGGCUUUUCUGACUGCUGUCGAAAGUUACUGUCCUCAGGUCAGCUGUACAGUAUUGUUUCGUCUUUGAGUAACGAGCACGUCCUGUCUGCGGGGUUUGAUAUAAACACUCCGGACAGUCUGGGGAGGACGUGUUUGCACGCUGCUGCAUCAGGAGGAAACGUGGAAUGUCUUAAUUUGCUGUUGAGCAGCGGUGCUGACGUGAGCAAAACGGACAUCAUGGGAAGAACUCCUCUGCACUACGCAGCAGCUAACGGGACGUACCAGUGCACCGUAGCGUUAGUGAGCUCUGGAGCCAAGGUGAACGAGCUGGACCUGAACGGCUGCAGUCCUCUGCACUGUGCUGCUGCCUCACACACCUUCCGCAGAGUCGACGGUGAUGAUCAUCAGAGCGAUAUGAGGGAUAAAGAGGCGCUGCUGUGUUUGGAGUAUCUGCUGGAUAACGGCGCUGAUCCUGGACUCAGAGACACUAAAGGCUUUAGUCCUGUUCACUAUGCAGCCGCCUAUGGCAACAAACACAACCUGGAACUGCUCUUAGAAAUGUCCUUUAACUGUGUGGGAGACGUGGAGAGCAAUUUUCCUGUGAGCCCUUUGCACUUAGCUGUGUGUAACAGUCAGUGUGAGGCGGUGCAGCUCCUCUCUGAGACACUGGUGUGUGUGGAUGUCCGGGACAGCGCAGGACACACUCCUUUGUAUCUAGCUGCUCGUAAAGGCUCCUUGUCUUGCGUAGAGGUUCUUCUGUCACACGGAGCGUCAUGCUGCGUCCGAGAACACGCCAGGAAACGGACACCGCUUCACGCAGCAGCUGCCAGAGGACACACUGAGUGUUUGUAUGCGCUGUUGAGCCGAGCGGACAGAGAUGACCUCAUCGACCUCGCAGACGCACAGGGACAAACGGCUCUGAUGUUGGCCACGCUGGGCGGACACGUCGACUGUGUGCACAUGCUACUGGAGAGAGGAAGUAAACCUGACACAGGGGACAGACGCAGUCACACUGCACUACACAGAGCGGUGGUGCUGGGCAGCGUGGAGUGCGUGUCAGCGUUGUUAGAUCACUCGGCCUCCCCGCUGUGUCGGGACGUUCGGGGACGGAGCUCUCUGCACUUUGCUGCCUCGUGUGGUCACACUGAGCUCCUUCAGCUCCUCAUCAACGCCGCAGCUCAGGUCGACCCUCUGGACUCUUUACUAGACUACAGCAGAUACACACCUGCUCACUGGGCAGCUUAUUAUGGGCACAAGGACUGUUUGGAAAUUUUACUUGAAUAUAAAGCGUUAAGUAUCCAGGAAGGGAAUCCUUUCACCCCGCUGCACUGUGCACUAAUGAAAGGCCACGAUGCUGCUGCUGAGCUGCUGGUGAAAGAGAUGGGCACCGAAAUCAUCAACCUCAGAGACGCUAAAGGAAGAACUCCACUGCAUGCAGCUGCUCGUGCAGACACGGUGUCCGGGCUGCAGCUGGCGCUGUUCUGGGGGUCAGAGGUCAACUCUGUGGAUUGUGAAGGACGUUCAGCUCUGAUGGUGGCUGCAGAGAACGGGCAGACGUCUGCUGUUGAAGUUCUCCUGCAGCAGGCUAAAGCAGACCCGUCACUGCUGGACAUCAACAAUAAUACUGCACUACACCUGGCCUGCAGCAGAAGUCAUGAGAUGUGUGCACUGCUGAUUCUGGCUGAGUUUGACGAUCCUUCUCUCAUCAACGCUACAAACAGUGCACUACAGAUGCCGCUGCACAUCGCGGCCCGGAACGGUCUGGCCACCGUGGUGGAGGUUCUCCUGAGUCGAGGUGCUACAGUCCUGGCUGUAGAUGAAGAAGGUUGCACCCCAGCUCUGGCCUGCGCUCCAAACAAAGACGUGGCGGAGUGUCUGGCGCUGAUCCUGUCCACUAUGAAGCCUUUUCUUCUUAAAGACGCAGGCAUCAGCGUGUUAAAGCACUGCAGCAUCGCUGCCAACCAUCAUCCUUUACCAAACGGCUACUCCAAGGAGCGCCACGGCACUGUAGGGCUCGACAGCUGAGACCCACACACACACACACACUCACACACACACACACACGCACCUUUCGUCACAGGUUUAUAUCACCAACUCUAUAACCUACAGCCAUGUUAGAGAGCCAGGAAUGCACCACUAUGUGUGUGUGUGUGUGUGGUGGGGGGGUGUGUGUGUGUGUGACAGACCUGCGCAUAUGCAAAGAUUCGCUCCUUUUCCCCUCAGAACACUGAGGACAGCGUUUCAUCUGAUCAUAUGUUAAACCAUGGGAUGAAGCAGCGACACCUCUGUGAGAUACAAAGACGGAGGGACGAGGGUCUACACAUUCGUACAAACGUUACGGUUCUGAAGUCGCAGCCAUCAGUAGCUGUAGCACUCAAACACAUCACAUCAGACCUUCCAAUAAAAACAAGCAAUUAAAAAGAAAACCUCAAGGCAAAAGUCUAGGCGAGGACGAGCUAACAGUUACACAGGCCAUAGCGCCAUCCACUGGUUGUCUACUGGCUCAGGCAGCUCAGAGUUAUAUUUUAGAGGAUUUUGAUGAGCUUGUUGCUGAUAAACUGCGACUUCAGAAGGUUAAAGACUGUUUUUUUUUUAGCGAUGUCCAGUGCCUCUGCUAAACAUCCUCCAUUUAAAUGUUAAUCUCCUGCAGUGUUGUCUAAUGAAAUGAGAGGAAAAUAUCAACACACACACACACACACACACAAAGACACACACACACAUAAACACACACAAACACAUACACAAAGACACAAUAACACACACACUCUCACACACACCACACACACACACUCACACACAAACAAACACACACACACACACACAUAUGCAGACAUGCACACACACACACACAAAAACACACACACACACACUGUUCAUCAGGGUCAGAUUUCCUCAUUCUUUAUUUAUUUACUUGAUCAUGCCAGAGUUUGCACUUUUUUCCUCCAGGAGAAACCUGGCGUUAGUGAAGCAGGGCUGGACUAAUCAGCUCAAAAUUUUCAGAAAUAAAAUAAUAUUUCUGUGUUAUUUAAAGUAAUUAGACAAAUUAGACAGUUCCAGAUGUACGUGAUGUAUUAAUAGUGCUAUAAUAUAAUAGUGCUAUAUAUAAUAGUGCUAUAAUCGUGACAGACACACGGGUUUGUGUGAUGGCAUAAAUGGACUGAAAUCACACUUUUUUUUUUUUUUAAUUAUUGCACAAACAUCACUAACAUGAACUUGAAGGAAUAAUAAGCGAGACGCUGCGUCCGAUGGUGCGGUGUAUAAAACGUAUCCACACCUUUACUUUCAGCAAGCUUUCAGGUUUCCUCCAGUGAGAGCCAGACAUUUUAGGUAGCUGUGCACCAGUGACCGUUUCUCUCAGAAGUUUUUAUUUCACCCAUAACAUUUGAUUCGAGCUGAAAUGUAUUUUAUAUGACGUCGUUUGUAUUAGAUUUACCGAGAUUCAGGGAAACACGGACAUACCCGUGUCUGAGGCCUGAGAUUUAUAUGGACAGUUACUAAUACUGUAGGAGUUGUGGAGUGUUGGAUUAUUCUGCUCAGAGCUGCUGUGAAGGUCUGCAGUCACUCGUGACUUGAUCAUAUGAGACACUGAGUGAUUAUUGUGUUUCAGGAUCGCUGCUAUAAUUAUAACGCUGCAUUUGUUGACUUCUCUGUUUUGUUGAAGUUUGAGCAAUAAUCGUCCGAGUGAUUACACGUUACCUCGACUUUGUGAAAAGCUUUUCUCAGAAAAACUAGAGAAUUUGCACAGACAGAAGAGACGUUGGCAGUUGUGUGUGUGUGUGUGUGUGUGUGUGUGUGGGUGUGUGUGCGCGCACACGCACUGUAGUUCUACAACAUAAGUGCCAACAUUUUGUAAUGAGGGAGUAAAAGAACUUGAGCACCAACUCCUGAGUGUUUGUCGCGUCGACUUCAGGUUGACUGCAGGAAUAAGAUCUCAUCUGUGAUCAGAGGAGCGAGAGGACGCAAAGGAACUUAUCCUCUGAUUAUAAUCACCUACAAACAAAGACGUGUGUUUUAUUAAGUCAAAACCUGCAUUGUGGUCUAUGAACAUGACUGUUACACACACACACACACACACACACACACACACACACACCUUUUCUCUCAGCGAGCCCCAGUGCAGUCAGUGUUAAACAUCUCGAGGAUUCAGACCUCAGAUCAGAUUAAAUCCUGAACACUACAUACUGAGACGUUUCUCCCUCAGGUGUAUAAACUGUAAUCUGGGAUGAUUGACAGUCGUGUAGUUGUUCUAACACCUUGCAGAAGCCCCGCCCCUUCCCCUCACCUCACGUCAUUAGUUUUGAUCAGGUCUCGACUCUGUUUUCCUUCCCGAUGCGACGUCCUCGCUUCCUGCUGCGCUGCACAAACGUUAAAGGGAGAAAGUUUUGAGUUCAUUAAUAAACUUUAUCAUUCAUCAGACAUUAGACAAGUAUCAAAAAAUGUUUACAAAAAUGUAGAGUUGUUUGUUUAUUUAUUUAUUACUCCUUCAGUUAGAGCUAACGAUACGAUUCAGUAAGGUGCAAUAACACAAGCGUUUAUAUAAAUACCUCAUAAAGGUAGCAAAGCCUGUGUGUGUGUGUGUGUGUGUGUGUGUGUGUGUGUGUGUGUGUGUUAGUUAUUCUGUAGAACCUGAAAGUGUUCACAAACCUUUAACAUCAGGAUUCUGUACCUUUGUGCAAUAAGGACUGAAUUUUCACCUUAAAAAUCACUACAGAAUAUUUCACACAUUCACCAAACCUGCACCAGGUCUCUGGUCACACAAAAUAACUUCUUUAGAUCAUUUAGCUUCAAUUAUUUAGUCACUUUGUGUUGUUUCUCUUUAAAUGAUGAAUUGUUUUAAGCGAUCUAAUCUUAAACUGUUUAAAGGGCUUUUAAUGUAAACCUUAGAAGUGUGAGUUUGCGUCAUUUGCGUGUGUGUGUGUGUGUGUGUGUGUGUACACUGUGGUGUCUUUCCUCUCAUUUCAGUAGGACUGAUGUCUCCUACAACAUUCUACACUCAUUUACAUACUCAAGGGCUUAUCAAAAAACUGUCGCAGUGUGUACUUCUCUUUAUUUAUUUUCACACACAAACACACAGAUUUUGCACUAAACAAUUUAUUUUAAAAAUGUUUGUAAUUUGUAAUAGAAGGAGAACAAGCUAAACUGUAGCUAGCUGCUAGCCGACCAUCAGAUAAGAAAACCAACACAUUCACACUUUUUAAAGCUUUGUUUUCUUUUCCUUUCUCCCAUCAGUUUGUCUUCGUCUGUCCUGCGUUUUCAUGCUCGCUGUUUUCUUCCCAAUCCUCUGACUUGAGUUCAUUCAUUUCUCUACAUGAGCCAAAGUUUCUCUUUUUUCCUCACCACAAGGGGGCGCCAUGCUGAACGGGGAAAUGUUCAUUCAUUUAUAUUUAUAUAUUCUUUUGCAUAUCACUAUUAAAAAAUAAUGCCACCCUCUCGGUGAUGGUGGAGUGCACACACUGAUCACAGGUGCUGGCUCCACCCCUUUCACCCUACACAGUGCACUACUGUUCUCCACGACACACUACUGCACUACUGUACACACGUGGUAUCUAAGACACGCCCACAGACUCGCACGAGUGGGUCGUGGAAAUAGUUCAUAUAGUCCAACACUGCUUUAUUGUUUAGAAAUAAGUCGGUCAUGAUUUUUAUUAUUAGAUAUUUAUUAGUUUUUUUCUGUUUGUAUGUUUAUCCAAAGUUGGCGAGAUGAAUUGAAGUCAUAUUUUAGAGUUUAAUCAACACCUCUAUAUAUCACGUGAUGUCACGUGAAAAUCAAAAAUUAGCACAACGUGGACAAGUGAUGUAUCAAAACACUCAGCCCAAUGAGGGGAACUGCCUCACGUGCAUUCUGAUCACAUCACGUGACGUCACGAUAUUCAGAGCAUGUACAUCGUUUCAGUGUAGAAGUUUGCCCAGGUUUUGUUAACGAUGCGUUAUCGCAUGUCGGGACGUGUUCAGACACCUGAGGAGGAGAACGUCUGUAAAAAAAAAAAAAAAAAAAAAAAAUAAUAAAAAGAUCAGGUGUGAAAGCAGCUUAAAGAAAAGAAUAAAGAGUUAAACCGAAAAGAAAUUUCCCUGAUUUCUAAAGCAUUCAUGUGCACUUUUUAUUGUAUCUUUAAUACAUCUGUGUGUGAGAGAGUGUGUGUGAAAGAGUGUGUGUGUGUGUGAGAGAGAGUGCGUGAGAGAGAGUGUCUGUGUCUGUGCGUGUGUGCGCGCGCGUGUGUGUGUACAAGUGAAGUAAUGAUUCAAUAGCUUGAGUAGGAGUGUAGGGGCUGAAUGGGGUAGGUGGGGUAGAUUUAUGUGUAGAUCUGUAUCCGUCUGGACGUCUCCCCUGAGCCACAUUCACACCGAAACGUCUGAUAGGAAGUGAAAAGUGAACAAGUGGCUGAAAUUUGCACUAGAAGAUUAAACACGUUGAAUAAAACGUACGUGUCUCA